AUGGGAGCAAAGCACUCAAAAGAAAACAAGGACCUCGCCAGACGCACUCACUUCUCGAAGCGUGAGAUUCAUACUCUCAGACGCGAGUUUGAGAAGACGUCAAACACCUCCCGGUCCAACGUCCUCACCGAGGCACAUGGGGAUUACCAAAAGGCUCUUUCGCAAUCUGUCCCGCGUUGCUUUGCUCAAACCUUCCGUCGUAUCUUGCAUUCCUCGCCCUUGGAUGAUGUUUUCCUGACUCGGUUGUUCUCCGCCUUCGACACCAACCCCAGCAUAAAGGGCGUCAACUUUAAAGAGUUCAUUGAAGGCCUUUCCGUCUUCAUGAAGGGUACCCCGGACGAGAAGCUCGAGCUCUCGUUCAAGUUGUACGACAUUGACCAUGCUGGAUACAUCACUCGUCCUGGACUGGAAAGGGCCAUGACUCAAUUGCACUCGGUCGUCGCAGGAUCAACUCAGGAUGAGACGCACCAGAUCCAAGAGUUGGUCAAGCGUAUCUUUGAUGAUCUGGAUGUCAACAACGACGGCAAGCUGUCUCUGGAGGAAUACAAGCUCAACUCGAUGAAGGAGCCGCUUAUUAUCGAUUUCCUGGGCCAAUUCCUUGCUGACCAGACCGAUUCGGGCGCCAACUCGAUUUGCUCUGCUUUGUCAGUUCCACCUUCGCCCCGCUCUGGUUCAUCCCCCCCAUCGCCCCGCUUCAGUCACUUUGCGCCACCUUCGCCCAGAUUGAGAGAUUCACUGUACGGAACUGCUUCGGGACAUCCUUUCCAGACUUCAUCGCCUGCAGGCAGUUUCCGUCUGAGCAACUCGCACAGCUUACUCUGGCUCAAUGGCGGAAUCAACGGUAGCGGAGACUUACUGGGUAAGGUCAACGAGUUUGAGGGAUUGGUCGCAGCAGAGGAGGAGCAGGCAAAGGAGCGCAAGGCGGCUGAGGAAAAGAAGGCUGCUGCUGCCAUUGCCGUGGUUGCGCCUGCAGUGGCACCCGUCAAUGGGGAAUCAGAGGAGAAGAAGGUCAAUGGCACAGAGGAGAAGCCCAAGUCACAAGUGAACAUUGUUGUUGUACCGUCGGACGACCAGGCAUCGGGCGCACCAGCAGGGACAGCGACAGAAACGACGGCUGCAGCAGAAAAGGUCAAUGGCGAGCAUACAACCAACGGUGUUUUGGCAGCAGCAUCUGCCGAGGAUGUCCAUAGCACGGCAGCGACGGCUCCCUCUGACGAGGUCAAAGAGAAGGAGCAGCACGCAGCAGCAGUGGAUGAGGUCUCUAAGACGACCCUCCAGAUGGCAGAAGCCAAUGGAGGACUUGAGAUCCGGUCAGAGCCGACUCUUGAGGAGACGACAGCCAAGCUGAACAUCCAGUCCAGCUAA